AGAUUAUAACUGACAACAAUAUUGAAAUACUGCGGAAGUAUAUUGGAAAUAUAGACACGAAAAAUGAGGUUCUACUUGGUCUAAAAGAAAUGACGAAAAAGGUAUCAAAUGAGGAUAUUAAAGUAGUUCUUGAUAAAAUUUUAAAUUUUAUCGGACUUAGUCCGAAGGACCUUAAUGACGCAUGGCACAAACUCCGAAAUUACUUAAACCAACUGAAUCCCAAGGUUAAGGAAAGUUUCUUGGUCCUCACAGAUUGGAUGAAAAAUGCCUGGACAGAUGGACUAAAAGCAAUCCAAGAUAAAUUUCUCUCGAUCAAAUCAAAAUUGAGCGAGUAUGUCGUGGAAGCCAAAGAAAAUAGUGUGGAACUUGGUCGCGAGAUUUUGGCAUAUUUCCAGCCUUACAAGGAAGAAAUUGGAAAUGUUUGGGAACAGCUUAAAAUUUUACUGAAAGAGAUAAUUGGGCAUGAAUAAAUUAUUUUUCUUAUUUAUUUUUCUGACAGCAGGAAAUAAAAUAAUGGAACAUGUUGAAGAAACUGCAAA